AUGCUCUGCCUGCUCACCGUGGCUGAGUUGUGGCUCCCCCCUUUCUUGGUGACCCCUGAAGAACUUCGAUCCCAGAUGUGGCUCAGGGCACCAGAGUAUCCGGUUGCACUAGUAGCCACUAUCGUCAACACAGACCUCGACGCCCAAGAAUUUCCCUCGUUUUCCGCCGGUUUCUGCCACAUCAAUGGUCCUGUGCCCCCCUGUCAGCCGUCAGCAGCCAGUGGCCAGCACAUAAGGCUGGUCUUCCCAGUGUGGGAAAUCCGGGGAAAUUCACCGAUGACGAUGUUGUCGGCCAGCAACAUAAACGGGAAUAAGUGGUUGUCUCACAAUGAAUGUGGAAUGUCUGCCCCCAUAGUUGUGCCUGGAUUUGGCCAUCCCUUUGAGGAUCUUUCGUCUGUUCCAUCCGGACAUAUGUCUUCUUACAUUCAUUCGCAUCGAGCUAUGGGAGCCAAGCAUAAGAUUCCUGAAAAUAUAGACUCAUCUUAG